AUGGGCGGGGGGUGGGGGCAGAGGGCUGCGGCCAAGGUCACCUGUGAGCAGCGGGACAGCGGUGCCUCGUCCCUGGGGGGCCCCUCGGCCACCGUGUGCAUCAUCAUCCUGAACCUCAGCAGGCGGGGGGGCGGACCCUACCCCCAGGGCCUGGGAGCCCCGUGGACUGGGGACCUCGGGAAACAGCUGGUCGUCCACCUGGGAAGGUUCAGAAAGUUCCGCCAAGCCCCCUGCCCGCUCACCCCCUGCCCCCUGGGUGCCCCAUGUCUCUGCGCAUGCCCUGGGCCCAAGGGUCCAAGAGACCUGUCCCGCCCUGCGCCCCUGAUUCAGGGCCCGGCCCAGGUGGAGCAGGGGCCUCACCCUGCCCGGCCGGCCCUCGGCCUCUCCGGGGUCCCCAUGUCCCCUGCACCUCUGACGUGGGCCCCUUGCCUCCCACCCCAGCCCCUUGCUGUGCCCGCUGACCGUGCCAGGGCAGAGGGCCACCCGCGCCUCACCCGACAAGAUGGCCACAGUCUCAGUGGGAGCUGCCCCUAUGCCCGAGGGCCACCCUGGCCUGAGUCCCGACAGGGCCAGGAAUGCGUGUGUGACGUGCCCAUCCUGUGCCCAGGAGGACACAGCCCCCGGCACGAGUCAGCGUCACAGCCGUCGGGCCCGCAGGCCUCACCACGGUCCUGCAGCCUGCUGCUGCCGCAGAGAGACGGGUCGUGGGGGGCACGAGGCAGACGGCGUGACCCGGACCAGCCAGACCAGCCGUGGGGCCUGCCCGCGAGAAAGGGCGCGGAGCCAGCAGUGACCGCAGGUUCCCAGGCUGGGUCUGGCACGCCGGCCGCGCCGUGCUCCGGCUGUGACCCCAGGUAG